UGGACUUGGGAAGGGGCGUGGUCUUUAGUCUAUUUGUGAAGUGAAGAAAUAAUUCUACAAUGGCCAAUCUUGCUCGACUGUUUCCUCUCUUCUCGUCUCGCCAUGUGGCAGCAACAAGUUUUGUAGUAGCAAGAUCCAGGCUCUCCACAGCCGCCCCUGCACCAGUUACAAUAGAUCAGAACGCGGACUCAACCCAUGGGAUGAGGCCUCUCUAUCUGGACAAUAUUGCUACAUCACCAAUUGAUCCCAGAGUGCUUGAUGCAAUGCUACCUCACAUGGUGUCCCUCUAUGGGAACCCUCACUCCCGCACACACACGUACGGCUGGGAGAGUGAGGCGGCCGUGGAGACCGCUAGGAAGCAUAUAGCCGACCUCAUCCACGCUGAUCCCAGGGAGAUAGUGUUCACUAGUGGAGCAACAGAGUCCAACAACAUGACCAUUAAGGGAGUUGCUCGAUUCUACCAGCCAAAGAAGAAUCAUAUUGUCACAGUGCAAACGGAGCAUAAGUGUGUGCUGGACUCGUGUCGUGCCCUGGAGGCGGAGGGCUUCUCUGUGACAUACCUCCCCGUGCAGCCCAACGGCAUCAUCAGUCUCAAGGAUCUUAAAGCAGCCAUCACUCCCAAAACCUCCCUCGUGUCUAUAAUGGCCGUUAACAAUGAGAUAGGAGUGUUGCAGCCUCUCAGGGAGAUCGGUGAAAUUUGUCGUGAGAACAAGGUGUUCUUUCAUUCUGAUGCUGCACAGAUGUUUGGUAAGCUGCCCAUCGAUGUAACGGACAUCAAGGUGGACCUGAUCUCCAUCAGUGGACACAAGAUCUACGGGCCCAAGGGGGUGGGUGCUCUGUACGUGAGGAGAAAGCCGAGGGUGAGAAUUGACCCCAUCAUGAGCGGAGGGGGGCAGGAAAGGGGCAUGCGUAGUGGUACAGUGCCCCACUUACUGGCGGUGGGUUUGGGAGAGGCUAGCAGAAUAGCGGCACAGGAAAUGGAGUAUGACCACGCUCACGUGAAGCGAAUGUCUAAGAGGCUUAUUGAUGGUGUGUGGUCACAGCUGGAUCAUGUGAUCCUCAACGGAGACCCUGUUCAAAAUUAUGAAGGUUGUGUGAACAUAUCGUUUGCGUAUGUGGAGGGAGAGAGCUUACUCAUGUCCAUGAAAGACAUUGCCCUCUCCUCUGGAAGUGCUUGUACGUCUGCAUCUCUGGAGCCAUCAUAUGUCCUGAGGGCUGUAGGAGCAGAUGAGGACCUGGCACACUCCUCCAUCAGGUUUGGUAUUGGUCGGUUCACUACGGAGGAAGAGGUGGACUAUACCAUAGCCAAGUGUGUGGAGAGUGUCAACAGACUCAGAGAAAUGAGCCCCCUCUAUGAAAUGGUCCAAGAAGGCAUUGACAUAAAGUCCAUUCAGUGGAGUCAGCAUUGAACAAUCAGCACACACCACGACUCUUUGAUAUGAACACGGAAAACAAUUCACAAAUUUGUUGUGUACAAUGUGUCAAAUAACAUUUAUAAGUGUCGUGUGUAUAUUAUAUAUACAGCUCAAAAACAAAAACAUUUUCUGCGGUUAUUA